ACAAGAGAGGGUGUCAGCGGAGGCGGGUCAGGAGGCCUCUCCAUUGCCUUCCCCACUGAGUACCGGCAGGCCACGUAAGCAGGGUACGCGCUAGGGCAGCAUCCUGUAAAAUAACUCGUACAAAGGACAACGCAGGGGAUGCCGUUUUAAGUCCCAGGUCUGCAGCCACCCUAUGGAGUAGGCCCUGAACUCAUUAGAUAAUUGUCACCGACUCGGUCUGUGACCCACGGUGGUGACAGGCGGGACGCACUUGUUCGACGACCAGCCCGCUGAACCAUCAGCAGUUUAGUGUGACACGUGUCCUUGUGGAGUCUCCGCCGGCGCCUGGGCGCUCGUUCUUACCGGCGUUGCGGACCAAGCACUGUGCAGCGCGCAUCCACGCCCUGUGACCACAGCAGGGUCCCCACACGGUGUCCGAUUCCUGGUUCUCACAGCCACGGAUGUUGUAGUGGGAACCUCGGUGCGGAUAGAGACUCGUCUCCUCAACUGUUCUCCGGCACUCGGUGCACACCGCGGACGGUGACUUUCGGGCGCUGUCCCUGGAUCCUGGUGUCAUUACAGAAUGACUCCCGAUAACAGCUGUGUCAGCGGGGCGCUCGGCUUCAGCUUCGGCUGUUUGCCCGCGCCGUCCCGGAGCCGGGCGGGCAGGGGGGCGGUGCGCAGGCGCGUUCGGCAACACGCGAGUUGGCGCGGGCAUGACGUUACGGCGCGCGACGCAGGCGCGGAAGCGGGAGCCGCCGGGUAAGAAGCUGGGGAAUCUGGAGGCUCGCGGGUACCGGGCGGUUCCGCACCAUGUUCGGCUCCAGCCGGGGCGGCGUGCGCGGGGGACAGGACCAGUUCAGCUGGGAGGAUGUGAAGACUGACAAGCAAAGGGAGAACUACCUGGGUAACUCGUUGAUGGCCCCGGUGGGCCGCUGGCAGAAGGGCCGCGACCUCACCUGGUAUGCCAAGGGCCGGGCAGACGGCGCGGGGCUGAGCCGGGAGCAGGAGCUGGCGGCGGUGAGGCAGGCGGAGCAGGAGGCGCUUAUGGCGGCGCUAGGCUACAAGAACGUGAAGAAGCAGCCCACCGGCCUGAGCAAGGAGGAUUUUGUGGAAGUCUGCAAGCGGGAAGGAGGUGACCCCGAGGAGAAGGGAGUGGACCGGCUCUUAGGCCUCGGGAGCUCCAGUGGCUCCGCAGGCCGAGUGGUAUUGUCCAGAGAAGACAAGGAGGCGGCUAAGCUGGGGCUCUCGGUGUUCACGCACCACCGCGUGGAGAGCAGUCGCUCAGGAGCCUCCCCUACUCGGAAGAAGCCUCGGCCUGAGGAGAAGGCAGAGCCGGGCCCUGAGAGCCACAAGAAGAGUAGGAAAGAGAAGAAAAAGAAGAAGAAGCACAAGAAAGAAAAGAGAGAAAAGGAGCACAGGAUGGGGUCAUCAACCUCUUCAGUGUCCCCAGCUCAUACCCGGGCCCACUACUGCAGGCACGACUCUGACUCUGCCUCACCCUGCUGCAAGAGGAGGCGAGGGCACAACAGUGACUAAGGCCCAGCCCACUGGGACUCUGCCCACUUCAUCCAGACCCUACCCUCAGUGAAGCUUUUGAGCAAGUGCCCUGCUAGGCCUAGGGAGCUGUAGGGCAGCAAGCCAGCAAGGUAUCUGGUUAAGGCCUUACCCCCAGAUGGCUCCAGGCCCACCAGGGAAGGCCACACUUGCCCAGAUCCAGCUGCCCUAGGCCCCAAGAGGCUUAGCUGUGAUCAAGUAUUGCUACUUGUAUUGACUCACUCUUUGUACUUAAGUAAACUUAUUUUAACUGGAAAGCAUCUCAUAUUAAAGAGAUUGUCAUGUGCUUCAAUUGUAAGUGAUGUGUGAAAAUGUGGUUCCAGCAAGAUCAUCUAAGACCCCACUGGGAAGGAGACUGUCUUGGCAGCCAGUAGGGAGGGCAGAGAGGAACCAGAAGUGCUGGGCUUCAUAUGGGCCCAUCCUAGGUGGGCAAGUGCAGGGAGAGAGGCAGCCAGACUGGGUGUUUAUAGUUGGUGGGUGAGGACAGACUUGUAUUGGGAAACACCCUUAUUCCCUAAGGACUUCUUGCCUGACUCUCAUGCUUCCCUAUUUGCCUGCUGAAUCUGUUCUGCUCUUCGCACGUGGGAUGGAAGUGUGCCAUUCACCCCUCUUUCCACAGAAUAAAUGAAAACUUAAACCCAG